CUUGUUUAACAUCGCUGUACGUAGGCGCUUCCGAUAUAUAUGUGUUUUCAUUUUUUUAAGAAGUUACCCGCAAAAACAUGGCGGAAUUAUCCGCUUUCGAGAAUAAUCAAACAGUUUUUCAACAGCCAAAUAAUAUUUUAAACUGGGUAUAUUACGCUUUGCAAGAUAGGAAUGGGCUUGGAAAUACACCGACACAAUCGGAGCUAGGCCUCUCUGGAAAUUGGUCCGAAAAAUACAUCACGGAGCAACUUGGUCGAUUAGGUCUUCAGCAAUCUACCGUACAACAAAUCGCAGCAGCAGCUGUAGCGUCCGUUGCUGCCGGAGAACCAAACCAGAGAUUUAACUCAGUUAAUGCCAAUGGAAACAUACCGAAUAUUACGAACAUGAGUAAUCUGACAAACAUCAAUAAUAACUUUCUUGGGACAGCAACACAGGCCAAGUUGUUAUCUUCACCGUAUGGAAGCAUCGGAGACCUCGCUGAACAUUUUACAGAACUAUCAUUAGCGUCGUUAAAUGAUAGGAAACCAGGAAAAAGGCCGCCGCCAACGUACUUAUGUCAUUUGUGCUUCAAUAAGGGACAUUAUAUUAAAGACUGUCCACAGGCUAGACCUAAAGGAGAAGGUUUAACACCCUACCAGGGCAAGAAGCGAUGUUUUGGUGAGUACAAGUGUCCAAAGUGCAAACGCAAAUGGAUGAGCGGAAACAGUUGGGCCAACAUGGGACAAGAGUGUAUCAAGUGCCACAUUAAUGUAUAUCCUCAUAAACAGCGCCCUCUUGAGAAGCCAGAUGGACUUGAUGUGUCAGACCAGAGUAAAGAGCAUCCACAACAUCUCUGUGAAAAGUGCAAAGCUCUUGGUUACUAUUGCCGACGAGUCCAAUAGCCCAAUGUUUUAUGUAGUGUUAUCUUCUGGCUUGUACUUAAUCGGUUCUACAUUUCGUUUGCUGAUCUGCACCAAAACAAGAAUGUCGUUUCUCAACUCGUGGUAGUUCCUGUCUUAACUUAUGAUGAUAUAUCAGAUAUAUUUGGCAACGCCUUAAUCUUUGGUUUGAUGUACAUCUAGUAUGAGACAUUGGCGUUACUAGCACGGUUGUUUUUAAUUGUCAAAAUAUGUGACAUAUCAAAGACAAGUAUGAGAAAAGUAGUGUAAUAUUUGUUGUCAAAGAUUAUGUAGUUACCAUAAACUGCAUUCCACCUACCAUGACAGUGUAAAAAGCAACAACUUCUGUGUCAAAAAUUAUAAUGUCUCCACAACUGUACAUAUAUGUAUACUGGCAAUUUUUAUUCCGAUAUUUUUAACCCAGUUUAUGCAGCAUCGUAUGCUAUCGAAUAUUCUUAAGAUAUUUGUGUUCUAGUAAUCCAGACCACUAAAUCUGGAUGAGCACCUUAUACUAUACUCCUAUUAGAUUUGUUAAAUGAAGUAUUCAUAUAGAAAAGUACAAGUUUCACUGUGCAAGCAACACGGUUUGUUUCUGAUAAUUUGUAUUUAGGUGCUACUGUGAGAAUGUGUUUCACAUGUUGGUUAUUUAUUUUGUUUUAUGAAUAAGCAACCAACCAAAUUAAUUUUCAAAUGGUUUGAUGUGUAAUCUGUUUUUAAAAUCUAGUGUUUUAUCAGGAGAUGUCUUCGUUAGAAAGUGUGGUGAGCUAAAGAAUUGAAAGAAAAUUAAUUUCAGCAAUAGUCAUGAAUUGAUGUAUAAACAUGUUUUAAUAAUAGGGUAACUUUGUAAACUAAAUAAUGUGUGCUAUUUAGCCCUAGGAUUAUUGGUGCUAAAGUGUUUGUCAAAGAAUGAUUGCCUAGUGCUGCCAAGUAAAAACCAGGGGCGGAUCCAGGAUUUGAAAGAGGGGGGGGGGGGGGAGGGGUUUCAAAAUUUUUCCCAAAAACCUGAAAAUGAAAGAGGGGUCCCUUUAAUGAUUUCUUCAAAAUUCAAGGUUUUACCCCUCUUAAAAAAAGAUUUUAUCUCAUUCUUAGGCCUAUACCAUAGAAGAAAAUCAAAGAUAUAGUCAAUACAUUAUUAGGCCUAUAUUCCAACAAUAUU